UCCUCAUUAACCAACUCUAACAACGAGUUCAGACAUGUCUUCUAGCAGCAACCUGUGGUCUGAGGAUCAGUUCCUGUGCUCCAUCUGUCUGGAUGUCUUCACUGAUCCAGUCAGCACACCAUGUGGACACAACUUCUGCAAAGCCUGCAUCACUCAGCACUGGGAUGGAAAUGUUCUCUACAAGUGUCCUCUGUGCUUGGAACAUUACACCUCUAGACCUCAGCUGAAGGUCAACACCUUGUUCUCUGAGAUGGUUUCUCAGUUCAGACGUGAAGCUCAGCAGGAAGCCAUCAGCAGCAGCAGCUCAGAGCAACAAGCUGCCAAACCAGGAGAAGUUCCCUGUGACGUCUGCACUGGAACCAAACUGAAGGCCCUGAAGUCCUGCCUGGUGUGUCUCCUCUCCUACUGUCAGACUCACCUGGAGCCUCAUCUGACAGCUCCACGUCUGAAGAAACAUCAGCUGAUGGAGCCUGUGGAAAACCUGGAGGAAAGGAUGUGUCUGCAGCAUGAAAGACCUCUGGAGCUGUUCUGUAGGACCGACCAGACAUGUGUCUGUUUGUUCUGUCCUGUUUUGGACCAUGAGAACCACAAGUUUGUUCCUCUGAAAGAAGAAUUUGAGGAAAAGAAGGCAGAGUUGAGGAAGACAGAGGAUGAAGUUCAGAAAAUGAUCCAGAACAGACGAGUGAAGAUUCAGAACAUCAAAGAGUCGGUGAAGAUCAGUAAAGAUGCUGCAGACAGAGAGAAAGCAGAAGGUGUUGAGGUCUUCACUGCUCUGAAGGAGUCUGCUGAGAGAGGCCUGAAGGAGCUCAUCAAGGAGAUCGAAGACAAACAGAAAACUGCAGAGAAACAGGCUGAAGACUUCAUCAAAGAUCUGGAACAGGAAAUCUCUGAGCUGAUGAAGAGGAGCUCUGAGGUGAAGCAGCUCUCCCAGUCUGAAGACCACCUCCACCUCCUCCAAAGCUUCUCCUCCCUGAAAGCUGCUCCACCCACCAAGAACUGGACAGAGGUCAGAGUCCGUCCACCAUCAUAUAAGGGGAUCCUGAAUAAACUUGUGGCUCAGCUGGAGAAGGAGAUCAUGGAGAUGAAGAAGAAUAUGAGAGAGGCUGAGAUGAAGAGGGUCCAGCAGUCUGCAGUGGAUGUGACUCUGGAUCCUGAUACAGCUCAUCCUAAGCUGAUCCUGUCUGAUGAUGGAAAACAGGUGAAACAUGGAAAUGUUAAGAAGAAUCUACCAGACAAUCCAAAGAGAUUUUCCUAUAAUGGUUGCAUCUUAGGACGUCAGAGUUUCUCUUCAGGCAGAUUUUACUUUGAGGUUCAGGUUACAGGAAAGACUAAGUGGGAAUUGGGAGUGGCCAGAGAGUCCAUCGACAGGAAGGGACACAUCAUAGCAAUUCCUCAGAAUGGUUUCUGGGCUGCUGUUUUGAGGAAUAGCAAUGAGUACUCAGCUGCAGCUGGUUCUUUAGUCCGUCUCCAUCUCCAUCCUGGUCCUGAUAAGGUGGGGGUUUUUGUCGAUUAUGAGGAGGGUCUGGUCUCCUUCUAUGAUGUAGAUGCUGCAGCUCUGAUCUACUCCUUUACUGGCUGCUGCUUCACUCAGAAACUCUACCCAUACUUCUGUCCUGGUCUUAAUGAUGGAGGUAAAAACUCUGCUCCUUUGAUCAUCUGUCCUGUUAAUCAGGAUGAUUAUUCCUGUGAAAGCUCCUCUGAUGAAGAAUGAAUCUGUAGACAAAGAUCCUCCAACCUGAGUGACUCUGUAGUAAAACCCUAAUGUGUCUGAUUCCUCUCUGCUCUUCAUGCAUCCUCUCCUAGCUCAAAUCCAGACCCUCUGGAUUUGACCCUCAGAUCUUACAUCUAUCCAUACCGGGACUGGCCAUAGGGAGAAUCGGGAGUAUUCCUGAAGCGCCAGCCUGGGAUUGUCCUGCUGGCCUGCCUGUCUCUUUUUUUCUUAAGUCUGCCAGUGCAGCGGCGGCAUCCUGUCAGAGAGAGGGACAGAGCAGGCCACUUUGGCCUGUAGAAUUUGAGGAGGGACACAGACAGGAGCGUGUGGAGGUAGAGGUGUGUGACGUGCUGGCUGCUGUGAUGUGUGUAUCUAGCGAGAGGUGCAAGUGAGGAUAAGAAGCAAUAUACUCGGUCUUAGAAUGCAGUAAAAGGAAGAAGAAAGGAGGGGCAGAGAGGGAGAGAGACAAGAAAAGAAAGGCGCUGGAGGAGGACACGACCAAAUGCAGAAAAGUGACAGAUUUAUUCACUCCCCUCAUGGUGCCAUUAAGAGUAAGUUAUAAAAAAAAUAACACAACAUUUUGUGCUUGUGUUUAAAGUUAAAACACAGUAUAAUGUCCAUACAUCCAAAGGUCUCUGUCAAUGGAAGCACACGAUUAGCAUACGUUUGCAAUUCAAAGGUGGUAAUGGUAAUGACAUCACUCCUACUGGUGCUUCAGGAGUUGUAGAGCAUUUGGAAGAAGGUACAGAACAGUGGAGCAACCAAGUGUCAUGAACGCCACCGAACACUACCAUUUGACAUAAAUGGCUCUCAGCUCUAAUACUGGCUUUCUAGGCACUACAGCAUUAUUUUAUGAAGUGAUUGUAUUGUUGAAUUUUUUCUGUCUGUUGCUGACUUGCAGUUACAUAUCGCAGCUC